UAUAAAAUUAUAUAUUGUAAACAUGUUAAAUUAAAAUUUAAAUGAGGAUGUACCAUAGAAAAAUGACAAUUGUCAUAAUCAUUAUGAUCAUUUUAGAAUUUAUUUGCUGAAACGAGCAGGUUUUUAGCUGAAGCCCGUCCAUGGGCGGCCUAGCUUAAUAAUUUUAAAAAGUGCGAGCGAAUCGGUUACAAAAUUUUAACAAUUAGCGGGCUAAAAAAUUUUAACUUUAGUUUAUUAUUUAAAAUCUAUUAGGUAAACAUUAAAAAGAAUCUAUGAAUAUAAUUCCCAGGAAAUAAAAUUCCCAUUUUUUAAGAUAUUAAAAAUUACAAAAUUAGUAAAAUAGUCACUAUCUCCAGGUCUCUUAAAUCUUUCUACAUCUACAUGUUGGUACCAAUUAACAUUAUAUUGUUUAUUAUAUAUAAUCUUUUAGAUUUUUCCUCACAGGAAGAACCAUCUUAUUCUCAAAAUAUUUCAAAUUCAGUUUUAUUUGGUAUAACAAAUAAUUCUUAACCCAAUCAAAUAAAUUUUUCUACAAUAAACUCUGAUACCUAUCAUAAACCACAAAAGAAAUAUAGCAAUUGGAGUCAGGAAAAAAUUGCAAUAGCCAUAAACAGAAUAAGAGGCCAUCCGUCAAACUCCCUCCUUCAAGGGGGAAAACGUAUCGGUUUUGGGUACCAUUACAGCAAUGAAAAUUAAAAAAAAAUUUGAAUUCAAUUUUAUAAAAAAAAAAUUAUAUAAUACUUUUUUUCAAUCUGGUGCCGCCUCGCUGGCACCAGCAAAUUUCAUUUUUUUGAGAUUUUUAUUUUCUUUAAUUCAUAAGGCAAAACAUUAAAUAAAAAUAAAUAAAGGAGGGAGAGAGAGAGACAAUGGGAAAAACGAAAAGAAAAGAAAAUGCAUUUUUUAUAUCUUCAUUUAACAUUUGAUUUUUUAUAAAUAUAAAUAAAAAAAACAUUAAAUAAAUGUAUCCCAUCCAAAUUUAUAAAUGGGGGUUUUAUUUGGCCUCAAUAAAACAAUUAUUUUAUUCAUUUUUUUUAUUUUAUAUAACAUUAAUUCCUGAUUUUUUAUUUCAAAAUAUAAUAAACAAGUGAAAAUAAAAAUAAAAGGAAAAAACAAGAAAGUUAAAAUUAAAAAUUACAAAAUUUUUUUUUUAUAUAUAAUGCAAAAUAAAAAAAAUCUCAAAGAUAUUCUAAAGGAGCAUUUUUUAAUCGAUUCUUCUGAAAAUUUAGCGACGUGCAGCAUGUGUGACAAAAAGAUGAAGUCAAUACCAUCAAAUCUUAAAAGACACAUAACCUCUCAACACCCAAACAUAAUGAAAGCAGAUGAAUCUAAUAGUGAUUCGUCCUUCAAUGCUAGAAAUACAGCAAAAGAAAAAUUCCCAAAAAUUAAGAUCGAUAAAUCUAAAGUUUUUGAAUGUAUAGUAUGGUUGAUUACAGUCCAUAAUUUACCCAUAAAUUUAGUAAAUUAUGAGGGUUUCCGUAUUUUACUAGACCCUAUAUGUCAUUCUCUUCAAAUGAAAAUAAAUACUCGGUCAGUGGUCGACAAAAUAAAAUAUACCGCAUCCGAAAUUAGACUUCAAAUUAUACAUGAAUUAAAAAACAAGCUAAUUUCUUUAAAAAUUGAUACAGCUACUAGAUAUAAUAAAUCAAUAUUAGGUAUUAAUGUUCAGUAUAUAAAAGAUGGCCAGAUACAAGUACGAACACUAGGAAUGAUAGAACUAAUAAAAAUUCAUACAGGUGUAAACCUAAAAGAAGAAAUCCAAACAAUUUUAAAAAAAUACCAGAUAGAUUUAAAACAAAUAUAUAGCAUUACUGUGGAUAACGGCGCCAAUAUGCUUAAAAUGGUUGACACUAUGGCUAGAGAUCAAUUAAAUAAUGAUAAUGAUCUAUCUAAUUCUAAUGAAAACAAUUUAAGCCAGAUAUUAUUUAAUACAAGUGUAAGUUAUCAGGAAAAUGUAUGUAUUGAUGAUGAAAAUGUCUCCGUUUAUUCUGAUGAAGAAACACCAGAGGGUAUUGACGAGGAAAAUAUAUCAGAUGAUAUAAGCAAAAGCUUUGGCUUAAGUUGCAUUAGAUGUUCUGCACAUACUAUACAACUUGCUGUAAACAUGUUUAUCAAAAAAUAUUUAAAACUAGACUUAGAGAAAAUUCGUAUUAUAAUUAAAUUGAUAAAAUCUCACAAAUAUAAAAGAUUAUUUAUAAUGGACAAAGUUUCGAAACCCACGCUAGAUACUGUUACUAGGUGGAAUAGUACUUAUCUAAUGAUGAAAAAUCUAAUGGAUAAUAAAACCUUUUAUACUAAAAUGGGUGAAUUAUACCCAGAAACUUUUAUUAGUUUCGAUUUAUGGGAUAUUAUCCUAUUAGGUACAUCAGUCCUUUUCCCAUUAUACAAAUUCACAAUGAAAUUACAAAAAAGUAAUAUUGUAAUAGGUGAUUUUUUUGCUUCAUGGCUAGAAUGCAAAAUGGAGCUGGAGGAAAUGGAUAAUAAUUUAUCUAAAAGUAUGUUGGAAUGUUUAAACAUUAGAGAAAGCUAUCUUUUUCAAAAUGACGCAUUUCGUAGUGCGAUAUAUAUGGAUCCUAGAUUCCAUUAUGAAAAUGGAAAAUAUCCUUUGGAAGAAGAUAAAAUAUUGGCCAGGGAACAUAUAUUUGCAACUUGGAAACAAUUGCAAGCUAUUGACCCUCAUGAAGAAAAUACAACUCUAGUUAUGCCUUCCACUAGUGAUUAUAAAAAAACAAAACUUGACCUUUACAUUGAGCGUGAUUGCAAGAAGGGACCUAUAUUUUAUGAAUUAUGUAAUAGCGAUAUCAAGCUAAAAAUAAAAUCGUUAUUAUACAACAAAAGAUUGCCAUCCUCACAAGAUAUUUUGCAAUAUUGGGUUUCAAGAAAACACCAAGAUGCAGAAUUAUUUAAAUUAUCUCAAAUAAUUCUUGCUGCUCCUUGCACCCAGGUCUCAGUUGAGAGAGCAUUUAGUGCAUUGGCACUAACUGUAACCUCUCUAAGGACAAGAUUAGACAAAGAUAUACUUGAUGAUAUUUUAAUUAUAAAGCUUAAUCGUACAUUGUUAAAUAAUGUGAUAUUUUAAAUAAUUAUUUAUAUAACCUAUUUCAUUAUAAAGUUAUUGUUUACAUUGAAAUUUUAAUAAAUAAAAAUUCAUAUAUAUGACUGAUUUAGAUUUUUUGUAUGAAUAGUAUAAUCAGAGG